AUUUUUCCAAUUCCAGUCUUUUUAUUUUAUCAACCUGUCUGUGAUUUCAAGAAUUCUGUAUUUAUUCGUUCUGACUUGUUCAAAAUUUUUUCUUUAUUACAGAAGGUUCUGAGCAAAAGGGUUUUUCCUGGGUCAGUGAUAAUUUUUUGUGUUGAGUCUUUGUUCAGUACGUGCAAUCUCAAUUUGGACCAAUUUGGGUUUCUGCGUGGUGUUUGCUUUCUGGUAAAAUUCAGGUUGAUUUUCGUCUUCUGGGGUUCAAACUGCUUUUUUUCUUUAGAAUUGUUAUAAAGGGUCUGGUGCAGUUGAAGUUUGGAAAUUUUUAUACUUUUUUGUUUUUGGGAGUUAUUUCAAUAUGGUUGGAACUUCUAUGAAUUGGGUAUUGGGAUAAAGCAUGAAAUUCUUUGAGUGGAUUAAUGGUAGCUGAUUGUUUUGCUAUGAACCUUUACGAUGUGGGAAAAAGGUGAAGUUUUUAUGAAGAUUUGGAUUGAUUUUGGGAGGUGAAUUUUUUUGCUUGGGAAGGAGGUUUUUUUGGCCGGUAUUUUAUUUGUGUGUAGUUUAAAAAAAAUAUGGGUUGCAUAUGUUCCAAGACUUCGGCUGUCGAAGACAGCCGGGAAAGCCCAGUUAGAAGAUUGUCUGCAGCUAAACAAUACUCUGAAUUGAAAACUCAGAGGUUGAAUUCUUCAAAAAGAGAGGAGGGUGGUGUUUGGACAAAAGAGAGACUGGAUGGUGGUGAUGUGAAAGUUAUGUUGAUUGAUAGAAAAGCCAAUGGUUCUAUGAGACCCUAUGAUGAUCAGAAUGAAAGGAAGAAGAAAGAGACUGGUGAAGUUGCUGUUGUCAAUCAUCCGGGUUCAGGAAGAGUUCCAAAGGCUAUAGAAGGUGAGCAGAUCGCUGCAGGGUGGCCGGGUUGGCUUUCUGCAGCUGCUGCUGAAGCUAUCAAAGGAUGGUUACCACGGCGUGCUGAUACCUUUGAGAAGUUGGAUAAGAUUGGACAAGGGACCUAUAGUAGUGUUUAUAAGGCUCGUGAUGUUACUAACAAUAAAUUUGUUGCUUUGAAAAAAGUACGGUUUGACAAUCUCGACCCUGAGAGUGUAAAGUUUAUGGCAAGGGAAAUCCUUAUUUUGCGUCGUCUAGAUCACCCUAAUGUAAUAAAGUUGGAAGGUUUGAUCACAUCACGGACAUCUUGCAGCUUGUAUCUAGUUUUUGAGUAUAUGGAGCAUGAUCUUACCGGUCUUGCAUCUCGUCCUGGCAUAAAAUUCGCAGAACCCCAGGUCAAAUGUUACAUGAAGCAACUUCUUAGCGGACUUGAUCAUUGUCAUAGUCACGGUGUUCUGCAUCGUGACAUAAAGGGUUCAAAUCUUCUCAUUGACAACCAUGGCAUCUUGAAAAUUGCUGAUUUUGGCUUGGCUAGUUUCUAUGAUCCUAACCACAAAGUUCCAUUGACAAGCCGUGUGGUUACUCUAUGGUACCGACCGCCAGAGCUUUUACUUGGAGCCUCACACUAUGGGGUUGCAGUGGAUUUAUGGAGUGCUGGUUGCAUCCUAGGAGAAUUAUAUGCUGGCAAGCCUAUCUUGCCUGGAAAAACGGAGGUUGAACAGUUGCAUAAAAUUUUUAAGCUAUGUGGCUCACCAUCCGACGAUUACUGGAGUAAAUUGCACUUACGACAUGCAACUGUUAUGAAGCCUCCACAUCCUUAUAGGCGAUGUGUAGCGGAGGCAUUCAAAGAUCUUCCUGCUGCUGCACUUAGGCUGAUGGAUAUCUUACUUUCUGUGGAUCCUGCAGGUCGUGGAACAGCAGCUUUUGCUCUUGACAAUGAGUUCUUUACAACAAAACCUCUUGCCUGCGAUCCUUCAAGCUUGCCCAAGUACCCUCCUAGCAAAGAGAUUGAUGCCAAGUUGCGAGAGGAAGAAGCUAAGAGGCAAGGAGCACUUGGCAGAAGGAGCCAGAAGGACCUGGAAAGGAGAGGACAAAGGGAAACUCACGUGGUUCCUCCUGCAAUUGCUAAUUCUGGGAAAAGACAAGAUCAGCUCAAUGCAAAGAGCCUAAGUGAAAUUUUCAACCCUCGUCGAGAUGAAGCUCUUUCUGGUUUUCUUAUUGAUCCAGCUAAACAGGCACAAGCUGCUAAAGAUGCAAGGAAAGAUUUUCCGGAGAAUCUUAAUAAGAGGGUUUCGGUUUCAGGACCACUAAAUCAUGGGCGAGGCACGAAACCUGGGAGGGAACAUAUUGAUCCUCUUAUGGUUUCAAGUAGAGCCAACUUGUCUAAAUUAUCAGGUUUAGUAGCAGCUAGGACUUCAUCGUCUGAAGAUCAGCAUGAGAGAUCUGGUCCGUCACGGCCAGAAACAGCAAAUAAUGGAGGGAGAUUCGCAAGAUCAGUUAAUGAAGUGGAGUCCACAAGAAAGCAGGAUAGAAAGCAUUACACACAAAGAAUGCCAUCUUCUCGCCCAUUAGAUGAUGAAAGAACCUGUAGUAAAGAACAGAGUCUGCAUGGUCAUGGUUCUAAUGGCAACAAAAUUUACGUCUCUGGGCCAUUACUUGUUUCGUCAAACAAAGUUGAUCAGAUGCUUAAAGACCAUGAUCGGCGGAUCCAAGAAUAUGCUCGGCGAACUCGACUUGAAAAAGCCAGGCCUGAGAAGCAAGUGGCAGCAAAUCAAAUAUCUGCUUCUAAGCAUGCAGCUGGGUAGCUUUGAGCUUAUGACAUUAAAGUUCCAACCAUUUGUGUAGAGAGAGAUAAAAUUGGGUAUAGAGAGAGAGAGAGAGAGAGAGAGAGAGAGAGAGAGAGAGCGCUCACUAAGCUCUCCUCUUAUAGAAUUUAUAUGAUUUUUCUUCCAUGUAUAGGUUAGUAGUUAUUUAAGAUCUCUUUUAUCGAUUCAGUGUUACUCUGAAUUUUUUUUUUUUUUUUCACCAUUAAUCCUCUAUUAUAAAAAGUAUCAAAAGUUAGUCAAUUUUGAAUUAGCUUUUGUUUAGACUAUCACAACAGGUAUAAUCACAGUCCUUUUGGGAUAGCCAGUGACAAUGAAUUCAUUCUAUUGUGGCAUAUUUAUAGUUUAAAUUAUCAAUUUAUGAAAGCAUUUAAUAUGUUUUACA